AUGGCGAACCGAACGUUCGCGGCCUCCGUACGCCGGCGGGAAGAGUGGGCCCGUUCAGCGGCACCUCGCCUCGGUCCUGGCCUGAACUUCAACGCUCAGGUGGCCAGACACCUUGGAGAGACGUCCGUGCUCGAAGGACACGGGGGCUGCGUGAACCGCCUGGCCUGGAACGAGGAUGGCUCUCUUCUCGCGUCGGGCAGCGACGACACCUCGGUCAUCCUCUGGCGCGACCCCGCCGCGCGCGUCGACCCGUUCCGCGUCUUCACCCCGCACCACAUGAACAUCUUCGGCGUCGCCAUCCUGCCUGCGUCAGGCGGGCGCCACCUCGUGUCGUGCGCAAUGGACGGCCUGGUGCAACACCAUGUCCUCGAACAGCCCCCGCUCGCCACCGACGUGUCCUCGGCCCCGCGGCCCCGCGCGCACGCGCGCAACGGCGGCGGCCCGGGCCCCGAGACCGCGGUGCCGGCCCUCUCCGCCAAGACCACGACCUUCCGGUGCCACGACCACCGCGUGAAGGGCGUUGCGACGAGCCCCACGGAGCCCGACAUGUUCUGGAGCGUGUCCGAGGACGGCACCGUGCGGCAGUUCGACCUCCGCCGCGACGGCCCGGGCGCGCCGGGGGUGCGUGAGGGCAGCGCGGAGGGGGCGGGAGAGAUGGCCAACGUGCUGAUCACCGCGCCGGAAUCGGCGCGGACGCGGCGGAGAAUGCAGUUCAAGGCCAUGGCGGUGAACCAGGCGCACCCGCACAUGAUCGCCGUGGGCGCGACGGACGCGUACGUGCGCGUGUACGACCGCCGAAAGCUCGCGCCGCUGCCCGUGGACGAGGCCGGCGGCGCGAAGCCGGUGCUGUGCAUGGCGCCGCCGCACAUGCGCGUGCACGGCGCGGGGCGCACGCACAUCACGCACGCGUCCUUCGCCCGCGGCGGCGACCGCGUCGUCGCCACCUAUCACGGGUUCCAGGCGCACGCGUUCGACGUGCGCGGGGCCGGGGACGCCGCGGGGGUCGCGAUGGGCGCGCACGGGGGCGCGCGGGGCGCCGCGGCGCAGGGGGAGCUGCCCAGCGAGGCGGAGAGGUGCAAGCUGGAGGGGAACAGGAUGUUCUUCGCGAAGAAACACACCGCGGCAGUGCGGUGGUAUUCGAGGGGGGUCGAGGCGGCGCCGUGGUCCGUCGGGCUGCGGUGCAACCGCGCCGCCGCGCUCCUGGCGCGGAAGUUCGAGGGCGACGCGAUGGCGGCGCUGAAGGACGUCGAGGAGUGCAUCGCGAUGGAUCCGAGCGCGCCGAAGCCGCGGUUCCGCCGUGCCCAGGCGUUGCACCAAAUUGGCAUGCUGUCGUCGUCUCUGCGUGCCCUGGCGGACUUCGCGGACCGGCACCCCGACAACGAGACGGAGGGUGUGGAGCAGCUGCGUGCGGCCGUCACGCGCCGCAUGAGGCAGCGCACUGAGCGUGGCACGCGCGUGCAGCCCGAGCACUCGCGGCGCAGGCGAGCGCGCAACGCGCCCGGAGGAACCGCGGGCAUAGUGGUGCACGCGGCGAGCGACAGCGACACGCUGCCUGCGCGCCCGCCGCACGGCGGCCCGGCAUCGGGCUCAGCUCCCGGGUCGAGCAACCCGUCCAUGCACGAGACAUCCCCGGGGGGGUCGUCGCGUGAGGGUGCCGCGCAGGAGGAUGCGGGGGAGGGGGACGGGACACAAGAGGGUGCUGUGGAGGUACACAUUCAGGUCGGUGGCGCGGAGGACGAGGGCGCGGUGGCGUCAGGGGGGAGUGGGGGGUCCAGCAUCAGCGGCGCAGGCCGCCUGAUGGACGAGGACGUGGCGCAUACCUCCACGAGCGAGGACGAGGACGAGGACGACGACGACGACGCCAGCGUGCCCACGAACGACGACUGGGAGGGUCUGUACGACGAGAACGGGCGGAGAUACACGCAGGCGUCCUACCACGAGGAGGACUAUUGCGGGGCGGGCGCUGAGCGGCGCGGGGCGUCCCCGCGCGCGGAUCGCCCCCCGGAUGCGUGGGAGACCCUGCCGGACGGCUCGCCUUCGUGGGCGUGGAUGUUCCGGGGCCGCGGGGGGCAGUCGGUGCGCUACGUAGGGCACUGCAACGUCCAGACGGACAUCAAGGAGGCCACGUUCGUGGGUCCACGCGACGAGCUGGUGGCGUGCGGGAGCGACGACGGCAGGGUGUACAUAUACGAGUCACGCAGCGGGCAGCUGGUGCGGACGCUGGACGCCGACUCAGACGUGGCGAACUGCGUGCAGGCGCACCCCGACCUGCCGAUCCUGGCCACGUCAGGAAUCGAGAACGUCGUGCGCUUGUGGGGGCCGAGGUACCAGUGCGAGUCUGCGGGCGCCGUGGGGCAGUUGGACGAGGAGCUGGACGACAUAGUCGCGCGGGCGCAAGGGCGGUCGCGAGGCGAGCUCGCGGGCGCAGCGCUCACCGCGCAGCUGGCGCGGCUGUUCGAAGCCGCGCCCGGGGUGAUGCAGGCGCUGCUGACGGCGGACCGGCGCACGUCGGAGCUCGGCGACGACGACGACGAAGAUGCCGCCCCGGUGCCCGAGUGCCGCACGUCCUGA